CUAGCUGCUAGAAAAUUCAGCUUUAACUGCAGCCAUGCUUGAGUCUUCCCAAUUGUCCAACUCAAGUGUGAUACUGGGAUGGUGCAGGCCUCGACGCCGUGUGAGGCGGCGAAAAGGGAACACUAUACGGCUGGGAAAGCGUCGGGGAUUCUGUCUUGGCUCGCGUACAGUGAUUCACUGGCCGGGAUUCAUGGCGUGCCCUUUUAGGGUGUUGAAGAAACUGGUCUUUGAGAUGGCUUCCAAUGGCAGAUUGGUAGAAGCUUAUAGCUGGUCUUUGCCUUUCCUCCGUCCACAACUAUUUCCUUUGUGCUGAUAUUGUAAUGUUCAUAUUUUAUUUAUUUUUUUAUUCGUCUUCCUUUCUCAAGCCAUAUGUGGCAUAGCAAGGCUUUUUAAGUACCUUAAAAUGGAAUCCAGCUUGUUCAUAUGAUCAUUACUCACUA